UCUUCAUAGACCUGAUGUUACUGCAAACACUCACGGUAUUCCACUGUAAUCUGCCAACAUGGCUAAACGCAGAAUAACACAGGAGACAUUUGAUGCAGUGGUGAGGGAGAACAUAGAGGACUUUGAUAUGGAGGAGACAGAAGCACUUAAGGAAGCCAUUGAACAAUUUGAAUCACAAGGUGUGGACCUCAGUAACAUUGUGAAGGCAGUACCAAAGGCAGCUUCUGAAGAGGCCACAGAUGAUCAAACUCAUGAAGUUCUUCAGGCUCUGCAGUCUAUCAGAAGUGCGUUAGACUCCUCCACAUCAGCGCUGGAGAGUUUGAAGCUCUUCACAAAGCAGUGCUGUCUUGGCUUUGCUCAGCGCCACCUGGCAGCCCAGAAGGAGGCCUAUCCCACAAUCCUCUCCUGUUGCCAGUCUGCCGGCGAGGAUACAGAAAUGCUCUUUGCUGCUUUAGACGCUCUCGCUGCACUCACAGAUGGUCAGCCAGAUCUACUGGAUGCUGAGGGUCUGGAGUUUCUGAUUGCCACCUUACGCAUUCACUCUGAAGAUCCAACACUGACCUGUGUGGGCAUUCGUACCAUGCGGCACUGCUGUCUGAAGCAUGAGCAGAACAGGCAGGACCUGGUAAAAGCCGGUGUGCUCCCGUUACUCACUGGUGCCAUUAUACAACACAUUAAACGGCUCGAGGUGGUUAAAGAGGCCUGUAUCGCUCUUAGAGUCACGACCUUUGAUGAUGAUGUUCGGGUUCCGUUUGGUCACGCGCACGAGCAUGCCAAAAUGAUCGUACUGGAGCACAAUGGACUAAAGGUCAUUGUAGAAGCUGCUAAAGCCCAUCCAGCAAACAUGUCGGUCCUCAGCGAGCUGUGUGCAACCCUGUCCCGUCUGGCCGUGAGAAAUGAGUUCUGUCAGGAUAUCGUGGAUCUGGGUGGACUAAAAUUUAUGAUGACUCUGCUAGCAGAGAGUUUGGAUUGUCAGGACCUUGUAAAGCAGGUACUGAGUGCAUUACGGGCGAUUGCAGGCAACGACGAUGUCAAAGAUGCUGUUGUGGCUGCAGGAGGGACAGAACUUAUUGUCAUGGCUAUAAACCGUCACAUGAGUAAUGCACAGGUGUGUGAACAGGGCUGUGCUGCUCUCUGUGUACUUGCUCUUCGCAAACCCAAUAACUGUAAAGUCAUCAUGGAGAACGGAGGAGUGCUGGCUGCCCUGCAGGCCAUGAAGACCCAUCCAUCAGAAGCUAAUGUGCAGAAACAGUCGUGCAUGCUGCUCAGGAACCUGGUUUCUCGGAGCCGAGAUUAUAACCAGUCUAUUUUGGAGAUGGGAGCCGAGGCUCUGAUUGGUCAGGCCCUGGCCUCUCACAGAGACUGUAGUGACGUGGCAAGGGCCGCACUCCGAGACCUGGGCUGCCAGGUCGAGCUUCGAGAACUGUGGACUGGCAAGAAAGGAAGCCUGACCAACUAAAGAAGACCUGAAGCUUCCAGAACGUUCAUUAUUCACUGUGGAAGAGACUCUCACACUGCUAAUAAAAUUAUUCCAUUCAGCGGUUUUAGAUUUAGACAUACCCCAUGCUGGACUGCUGUUUCUAAAUUACUUUUAUUUAAAAUGUAUGGACACCCAAACAGUCGGGUGAUUGUGCGCUGUGUGAAUCCAUUUCUGUUUCAGUCUGGUUCUGCUAACUGCAGUUAAAGUGGCAUGCAUGUAUGGUAAAGUUUUAUGAUCAUCACCAAUCUGGAUAAAAAGCAAUUAUUGUUAACAUUAGGCCUCCAAGCACAACCGUUUACAUGCAUGUGGCAGAGCUGGAAUGGACAUUCGUAAUUAAUACACUUCUUCAAAGGCUGAAAAAUGAAAUGCAAAACAGAAAUAUACUUUGUACAGGCUGCCAGCUUACUUCAGUUCAACACUGAAGUAUGGGCUGGGUGGGUGGAACACCCAGGCAUGGGCUGGGUGGAACAAUGUUGGUGUUAGAUGUGCUUGAUAAGUACGUGUGCAUUAAACACACACAUUCACUCACUUACACAUAAGGGCAAUUUAGAGCAGCCAGUCUGCAUGUCUGGGGUGGGAGUACCAGGAAAAAAAACCAUGUAGACAUAGGAAGAACUUGCCAAACUCCUUAGUGACAGUGACCAGGACCCAUUUUAUUUUGUGGUACCCAGUUUAGCAGCUUCCUCACUGUAUUCUACUAAUGUUCCAUAUAAUUGUCAAAUUGAUUUUUUUUUAUUUUAUCAGAACUGAAAAGUUAAAGAGGGAUUUCUGCUUCUUCUCUUACGUUGUGUGAAAUGUACUCAAUGAACUGGCAAACCCACUUUUUAUUGAGUUUGGUCAAGAACUCGAGUAUUCCUGCCCAUUCCUAGUUGUUAUGAUUCUUAAUGUUUACAGUUAAUUAAGAAAAUCGAAAGAAAUGAUUUAUUAAAUGAUAUGUUGUUGAUGUAGGGCUUUAGAAGGCAGUAUCUGAGUAUCUUGUCUGGCUGGCAAAUAAGUGUGAAAGAUUACAUAUCCUACCUAGGAAAAUAUGUGUUAGAUUUAGCUCAUGUCCUGGCAUCACAAAAUGAAAUUGUUCAAGUAACAAGAAUUAGUUUUUAUUUAAGGCUAUAGAACAUAAAACAAUAAAUGGAUUUGCCUGAAUAUCGACAUUCUUAAAUAACCUGUAUGACUAUGCUUUUAGAACACCUCCCAACCCCCAAGUUCACCCUUUUUUCAUGUAUCUGUUGUAAAUCUAACUAUGUUAUUGGACAAUGUUUGUGGGGCGUUCAUGAUCAUUUUAAAGAAUUUCUCUAGAAACUUCAAAGAUUUAUUUUCCCCAGCCUAUUUGUAUUGCCUUACUGUUUUGUUGCUUGUGGAAAUAAAAAAUAACUCAUUGCCACAUUGUGUUACAGGUUCUGCAGGCGCUAUAAUAACAGUGAGUUUACUGUAAUAAAUCUAUAAUAACACAACUGUGCAUGAGACAUUCAUGGAAAUGAUCUGAUAUUCCCUACAGUCGUAUGACUAAUCCACAUUUUUGGGCUGGGUGGAGCAGUGUUGUUAGAUGUGCUUGAUACAUGUGUAUUAAAUUAAAAUAUUCAUUUGCUGUUAA